CUUCACCUCCUCUCCCUCCCUCCGUCUCUCUCUCUUCUUCUUCUCUUCUUCUCUCCUUCUCUCCAUUUCCUACUUUCCUAAUAUACACUCCUGCUGCCCCUGCUCGCUGUCCAAUUUCACCUUCCGCCACCAAAAUAAAUCCCUCCCCCUUUACUCUCCAAAGGCUCUCUCUUCCUCCUCCCUUGAGCCGCAUCUCGGUUCCUGCAUCCCAGCCCCAACAGCUCCACUUUCACUUCCCUCUCGGCUGCCGCCACCCUUUCUCCAACACCCCUUCGCCUCAAUUGCAGUCCUCUUCACCAAAGCAAAAUUUUUUAGGCGACAAGCAGCAGCUGCCAGUACCCCAUCUUCACCUCUGCAGAAGAUCCAAGCGUUCUCUGGUUCAACCCUCACUUGAACCCUGAUCCAGCACUCCCACAAUGAUGCGAUCUGAUCCCGAAGAGGAGUAUACGCUCCUCGAGAAAAUUGGAACAGGGUCUUUCGGCACCGUCUACAAAGCAAUCCACAAUGUCUCGAAGGAAGUCGUGGCCAUCAAACAAAUCAACCUGGAAGACUCUGAGGAAGACAUCAGCGAGAUUCAGCAGGAAAUUGCGCUCCUCUCUCAGUGCGACUCGGAGUUUAUCACAAAGUACUAUGGCAGUUGUGUAAAGGGAUUCAAGCUUUGGAUUGUGAUGGAGUUCUUGGCCGGAGGAUCGUGCUUGGAUUUGCUUAAACCCGGACCAUUCAGUGAAGACCAUGUAGCUAUUGUCCUGAGGGAACUGCUGCUGGGCCUAGAGUAUCUCCACGCAGAGGGCAAGAUUCAUAGAGACAUCAAGGCUGCUAAUGUCCUAUUGUCCGGCUCAGGCGAUGUCAAGCUUGCCGAUUUUGGAGUUGCAGCCCAGUUGUCGCAACAGAAGAGUAAAAGGAACACGUUUGUCGGGACACCAUUUUGGAUGGCACCGGAAGUCAUCAAACAGGCUGGAUACGACGCAAAGGCUGAUAUCUGGUCACUAGGCAUCACCGCUAUCGAACUCGCCAAGGGAGAACCGCCCUUGGCCGAGUAUCAUCCCAUGCGAGUCCUGUUCCUGAUCCCGAAGGCGAAACCCCCAUCACUCGAGGGCGACUUUUCACGAGCGUUCAAGGAAUUUGUGGAGCUGUGUUUGAUCAAGAAUCCCAAAGAUAGACCAACCGCCAGAGAUCUUUUGAAACAUCGUUUCAUCAAGAUGGCGAGGCGCAAGGUGGAAUUGCAGGAGCUCGUUGAACGAUAUGAUGUCUGGAAACUGGCCGCUCAUCAGCGCGCGGCGUCCUCAUUGACAAGGACCUUCAGCACCUUCAAUACCAAUGAUGACGAUAUGCCGUGGGAUUUUGGCACUAUUCGCAUCCCUGGCCUGGCUUCUGCGGCUUCUACAGUCCGGCGUGCUCCAGAUGCGCAAAGUACAGUCCGAGCGAGGCCCGGCCGAGAUAUUGGCAGCGUCAUCAAUCUCGCUAACCUCAAGAUUGAUGGAGAGGAGCUUGAGCUGUCAGAGUCGACCUUGGACACCAAUAACCCUGGACCUGGAGAUAUGACAAUCGAAGAUGGGUUCGAGACAAUCAAGGCUGUGCCGGCAGCCAAGAAGGUCAUCAAUGAAAACACCUUUGAGGAAAGUCCUCAGGCGGAGGCUGGUCGACAGCUCGCAAAUGACGCGCUACUGCCCGUUUUGAAGAAACUCAAGAGCGGCGAGCAUAGCGCCGAGGAUCUAGAGGCGCUCAGUGUUUUGGAGCAUGGAGUUUCAGAUCUCAACGACAUCAAUCCGUCUUUGCUACUCGCCUUCUUCACACAAGCACUCACGCAAAUCAAGGGAAACAGCGACCUCAUGAAGCAGAUCGAAACCCAUGGUAGCACCGCCGCUACUGAGGCGAUAGGUGUGCUCGGAAAUGGAAGAGCUCUGGAUGAUGAGAGUGAGGCCCUGUCCUCGUCUUCAACUGUGAAUACGGACUCGACUGAUACGACAGCCGUAGAAGCCGACAAGCCUGCAGCAGAACCGACACCUGAGGUUCGGAGUCCGGCUAGUCCUGUGGCAGAGGCGCUUUAUGCCCGCUGGAUCGAACAUCUCCGGUCCAAGUGGCCAAUUGUCGCAUGAAUUUAUGGCAGCGAAGAUCCCAAGAAACAAAGCUCUUAACGGACGGACAAGAGUGCCCGCGGCAAAUUACAUACUUUGAAUGCGGCGGAUCUCUUUCAUUAAGUUUGUCUAAUUUUCUACAGAGCCUUUUGUUAUUCGCAACGCCAUUUCAUCCAUAAUUUCAACAGUGCUUGGGACACUGUCUUGUUUUAUUUUUAUUGUUCUCAUAUGCUUGUAGCUCUCUGUGGAGGAGGGGGGAGAGGGAGAAGGAGCUCAAGUAGGGAGAGCAGGUGUAGAAAGUUUACGCAGAAUAUUUUUGUCUAUUAGUUCUUAAUGUAGUUUUGCUGGCAAUAAGAAAAAACGCGUUUUUUUUUCUAGUGUCAUGUGAUGGUAUGUAGCAGGUCAC